UAGGACCUGGUGAUGCGAGGAGGGUUGCCUGCCUGCCUGCAUCCCUGUCUCCUCUCCAUUCUGUUCUGCAGUUGCCCUGUGCGUGUGUGUGGGAGAGCACAUGUUUAUGUGUGUUUGUGUGGAUGUGUGUGUGUCAGAAGAGGGGCAAGAGUGGGUUUCACACGGCGCCGCCUAAAGAGACGGUGCUUUUUGUUAUCUUUCUGUUUUCUCAGAAGCGUGUACAUCAACCUGACCACCUGGAUCAGCCGCCUUCCUGAAGCAUCGCUGACGGGGGAGGGGGCGAUCUCUCUCUCUCUCUCUCUCUCUCUCUCUCUCUCUCUCUCUUUAUCUCUAUCUCUGUGUGUGUGUUUGUGUGAAUGUGUGUCUGUGUGUACAUGCGUGUGGGUGGGUGAAAGGGUGAGGGGCGGAGAGAUGAAAGGGCCAGGUGAGGAGGGGUGUUGGGUACCUCUCUCUCUAGUUUUUUCGCUCUCUCUCUCUCCCCCUCUUUUUAUCUCUCUCUCACUGUCGUGCGACACUAACCCUGGAAGCUGAAGAGGAGAUCCUUGCUGCUGGACCUCUCCACUACAGUUCCAUCAUGUCUCAUUUAGAUUUGUUGGAUAUUAAGCACGAUGGAGCUCCAGGGACUUAAGAGGUGAAUAUUUGAAGAUGAAACUGGACGUUGCGACACUAAUCUGCCCCUGAGUCUGACCUCUACCAGCAUGCCGUAACGCAGACAGAACCUCGGAAGCAGAAUUCCUCGCAGCCAGAGUUAUUGAACGGUACUGCUGGAUCCCACUCUUCAGCAGGGGAUGAUGGGUGAUAGUCCCAUGAAAAUCACCUCCGCCCACAAUCCUUAUUCCAUCCUCUCAUGGAGCAUACAACCACCUACAACGCACCGUGGAACAUCACCCACGCCACCUCUUGGCGUCCGAACGCAACUCAGCCUAACGUCUCAGGACUGAGUGUGCCCAGAGAUGGACACGUCCUCCAGACGCUCGCCCUGUGCACCAUGCUCCUAAUGGACAUACUGGCUAUAGUGGGCAACUUAGCCGUCAUCACCGUCAUUGCCAGGACGCCGCGACUACGCAAAUUCGUGUUUGUCUUCCAUCUCUGCCUGGUGGAUCUCAUCGCGGCCCUGGUGUUAAUGCCUCUGGGAAUGCUGUCAGGUCAGGGCUUUUUCAACAAGGCUCUGUGUCAGGGUUACCUGUGUCUGAGCGUGGGACUGAUCAGUGCUGCUAUCCUCACUAUCUCAGCCAUCAAUGUCGAGAGAUACUAUUACGUCGUUCAUCCCAUGCGCUACGAGGUGAAAAUGACCAUGGGCCUGGUGGUUUCGGUAUUGAUUGGAAUAUGGAUUAAAGCCAUCCUCAUGUCCGCUUUCCCUUUACUCGGCUGGGCGCUUGACAGUGACGAGACGGGACUGACGCUGGGGAAAGUUGUGGGAAGAAUUGCUGAACCAAAGAGCUGUUCGCUCCACUGGAUGGAUGGAGGCCCCCAACGACUAGUGUUCAUGGUCCUUUUUACGCUCAUGUACUUCCUGUGUCCAGUGCUUAUCAUCUUUGUGGUGUACUGCAACAUGUUUAAGGUGGCCAGGGUGGCCGCCAUGCAGCAAGGCCCAGUCCCCACGUGGAUGGAGACUCCUCGGCCACGCUCCGAAUCUCUGAGCAGCCGCUCGAGCAUGGCGGCCAGCCUCAGUGGUGCUCGGACCACCCCUCACAGGACUUUCAGUGGGGGCAAGGCUGCGGUGGUCCUAGUCGCUGUAGGAGGUCAGUUUCUUGGGUGCUGGCUGCCUUAUUUCUCCUUCCUCCUGUACUGCGCCGUCAUGCCGUCCUCUCUCGAAUCCCUCGCACACAUGGCCCAACUGGAGGACGUGUUCACCUGGAUUGGGUACUUCUGCUUCACCUCCAACCCUUUUUUCUACGGCUGUCUGAAUCGACAGAUCAGGGAAGAGCUGGCUAGAAACCUGGCCUACGUUUUCAAGUGGGGGCGUCCCGGUGAGGAGGAGCAGCUGCCCAGUCGAGAGGCUUCUAUCGAGGAGAACUUUCUCCAGUUUCUUCAGGGCACAGGUUGCAAUAUGCGGCCAAGGAAUUCCCAAAGCAUGUCCAUCCCUCAACAGGAAGAGGACAAUCCUCUCUCGACCGAGCUCCACAGGCCGUCUGUCGACUUCCACAUUCCUGGCCAGAUCAUGGAGGAGACUUCGGAAUUCAUAGAGCAGCAACACAUGAAUGAUCUUAAUAUAUCAGACAAUUGUAUCAAGACUAAAACCGAACUGCAAGGUUGAUGUUUUCAGAUGUAAAUGUUGCUAUGGUUUACCAUUGGAUCUUUUUAUACUCUGUCCAAGAAUUUGUACAUAGCUUGUUUGAAAUUUUUGGUUGGUAGAUUUCUGUCAUAUUUAAAGCAUCUUUUUUCUUUUCAGGAGAGAUGUUGGACUGAUAAAAUGACCUCAUUCCAGCACAUUACCGCUAGACGGAAACUUAUUUACAUAGAUUCAUCAACAGUUGUCUAGACAAUCUAACAUGGAAGCAACAUUGUGAUGUGGAAUCUAUAUUCAAAAAGUGGUAUGAUCCACAAGUGGCUGAUGUUACAAAGGCUCCUAAUGUUAAUUCAGACAACAAAUAAGAAAAAAUUGGUUAAUUCAGAAUUGUAACAACAAAAUUUGGAGCAUGCACUAAUAUUGAACCAAGGUUGUUUGUGUGGUGGGUAGAUUAAUUCUUAAGUUGCCAUAAAGUUAUGGCCGUCCGCAAUGUCAUAUUUUUUUUUAAAAAAUGUUUCUUUCCUCAAAAAUGAAUAAAAAAAAA